AAUGUUUAGACUAAUCCUAUUGUUAGACCAAAAGAUUAUCGGAGGCAUUUCAAUAAAUCUUAACUGCGCGGAUAUUAACAUAGCCACAAAUCAGGUUUUGUAUCAUACCCAAAUAUUUCUUGUAGAGAAAAUACAAUACUUUCAUCUGUAAGGUCGACAAAUUGGAAUAGUUUAGAAAACGUCGAAGAUGACAUUGAAAUAAUUUAGUGGGAUAUCUAAAGGACUAGAAUCUGUAGAUACAUCUGAACAUUUGCAUUAGAUAAGCAUUUACCAUGUCACCGACCGUGUUUGCCGUAUUUUGCGUUUUAGUUGCAGUCCACAAUGCGAACGGCGCCGUCUACACACCAUCCAAUUUGGUUGUCAAUGUGAUUUCAUCCACCGUGCUUGUCAUAAACUGGGACGCCGAUCCCACGGACACAGGUGGCGCCACGACAGGAUACAGGAUAUAUAUGGACAGAUUGGAUAAUAGAGGAACUACGAACUGGGUCCCUGCUAACGUUGAACAACUCGUUAGACAAUAUACCAUAUCUGGCGUAGGGAUAUAUGGUGAAUACAAUGUUAGUGUACUGGCAGUAUCUGCAGACGGGGAUGGACCCAAAGUUUCAUCCGUCGUCCAAACGUUAGCUGAAGAGCCUGGAAGAGGUCCGCAAAACAUAACUGGAGUACCUGAUUACUAUUGGAUAGCAGUCGAGUGGGAGUCAGUCGACCCAUCCUACAGUUAUGGAACCAUCACUGGUUGGCAGAUAUCCUACGAGCUUGCUUACCACGGUGACCCAACGACCUUUUCAGCAGCAUCCAACGUGAUGACCGCAAACAUUACAGGGCUAAUACCUAACAAAUGGUACAUCAUCCAAGUUGCAGGUAUCAACGCCAUAGGUGUGGGACUCACGAGUAGUACAUGGGUACUCACGCUAGGUGGCACUCUCGAACCAGCUACCGCGGCCCCGGAGGACAGCAUACCCUGCUACAAUCUCCUCCCGCCAACUCUGGUGUUUGAUUGGGUAGAAAUGCCAUGCUGGAUCUACUUCAUCAUAAUCUGUUCCCUGUUCUUCUUUUGUUUGCUGUUUGGUGUAGCAAUGUGUGCCAUGUGCUGCAAAACUCCAGCAGGCGGGAAAGGUGACUCACCAGUCGUCGUCGUGCAAAGCACACCUGCCCAGCAAAACUGGGGGAUGAUACGUCAGGGGAUCAAUAACAAAACUAUCCACCAGUCAAUCGCUGAGGAGGAUGACCAGGGAAUCCUUCCCGGUGGUGUAGAGGAAGAAAUCAUAGAUGAGAAUAACGAAUUACCUGGGGAGAAUACCGAAUUAGGUCGGGAGAGUACCAAAUUAACGAGACAAAACACUAAGAUGGGAGAUGACGGAAUAUUACAAGUUGCCGUCGACGAGGAAUCGAUUGUUGUUGAAACAGAAGAUAAAAUUAAUUCAAGCCGCCAAUCUUUGACGUCAGCUCGAAAGAAGUCAUCAGUCUCUCCAGCACCACAAGAUCUAACUGAAAUAGUGUAACUUGGGCAGUGCA